AACUUUCCGGCAUAGUGUGAUUUUGAAUCCCAAGUGAAAUAGGCGUACAAUUCCUGCUUGAGAUCUGUGACAGUAAUCACCCUCAGCAAUAGUGUGACUGACAACCGUGACAAUGCCCUUGAAUAUUAGUGAAAGUGACAAAAUUUUGCACCCAAUGAGAUGGGCCAAACGAUUUGAUUCCGCUGAAAGUGCUUUUGUAUACUCUCGGAAAACGGGAAAGGAAGAAACUGAAAAAAAUGCGAAAUACUUGAAAAAGGCUAACGUCAGAUAUGGUCCUCGGGAGAAACAACUACUGGACAUUUAUUAUAAAGGCGAAGAACAAGGUGCGCCCGUGAUCGUGUAUAUCCACGGUGGUUAUUGGCAAGAAUUCAGCAAAGAUUUGUCAGCCUUUUGGGUAACUCCGUACCUUGAAAAUGGAUAUCGUGUUAUUUUGAUGGGAUAUGAUUUAUGUCCUGCCGUGACCCUGAGUGAACUAGUUGAUGAGAUUAAAGGUGGCUUGAAGUAUUGUCUUCAAUACGCAGCAGAAACAAAUGCUAAGGCAGUUUCUAUUAUCGGACAUUCCGCCGGAGCCCAUUUGGCCAUUGCUGCAUUGGAUAAGGAAACAGUGGGACUACCAACCAUCAACCUGGUGAAGUCCUUAUAUCUUGUAGCUGGCAUUUAUGACUUGAGAGUCCUUAUCAAUUCUUCUGUUAACACCAAUAAUGAUUUGACAUUAGACGAAUCGAAUGUUCAACAACUUUCUCCGAUGUUGAUCGAUUAUAGCCAUCUUAAGGGAUUGAAAUUGAAAAUUAACGUGGUCGCAGCAGAAUUCGAUAGUCCUUUAUUCGUCGAGCAAAGUCAAGGAAUGAACAAACAAUUGGAAAAGUUCCAGAUUGACUCCAAGUACAAACUUAUCUCGGGCGUGGAUCACUUUGAAGUUAUGGAAAGUUUCGGAAAAAAUAAUUUCGAAUUGACAAAUUUGCUUUUGCAAGAAUUGCGCUGAAGUAGCUCUUGAUGCUUUCUUGGGCACGUUAAUUGGUUACUAUCUACAUUACUGUUGCCGCUGAAAAUAUGAUAAUAAACGUCCAGAUAUAAA